AUGCGCGAUGCUUUCAUUGAGCGCGCAAGUCCGUCUGACCACCCGCGUGCAAUGCCACCCUUCGCAUCGAACCCGCUCAAAAGUAAUCCCAUCCAUCGCACACUCCACAAGCACCCUUCACUCUUUGGUAUCCCUUUCCUCGUUAUCAUCGUCGGCGCAUCAUUUGCGCUCCAAAGCUUCACACAGACGCGUUAUGACUUGCACGACCAGAAGGUCACCCAGGUGAACAAGGAACAGGAGCUUGGGUUAGCGAAGAACCGUAAGAAGUUUGACAUUCGUGAGGAGUAUUUCAAACUGAGUGCGGCGCCAGACGAAGAUUGGGAGCCAAAGCGGAUCGAGCGACCUAAAGGCCUACCCGAGUGGGGUGUGGCUCCACCAGAGCCGCCAGCAAGAUCUGCAAAGCCUUGA